GCGCUGGAUUCACCUCAUCUGAUCUGACCACUCGUUCUUAACAGCAGCUGAGAGGAUGCGGGUUCGAGCGCUGCUGAUCCUGAUACUCACAUCAGUAUUAAUCACACAUGCUCAAGGUCUUGCUCUGAUGUAUAUUCUGGAGAACAGUUUCAAAGCUGAAUCUGGAUCCAGGUCUGAUGUUCCUAAGAUUGUGAUUCUGAUCACGGAUGGGAAAUCUCAGGAUGAUGUUCUUCUUCCUGCUCAGAGACUCAGAGACGCUGGGAUUGAGCUCUUUGCUAUCGGAGUGAAGAAGGCUGAUGAGAAUGAGCUGAGAGCCAUCGCCUCCCCACCGGAGGAAACACACGUGUAUUACGUGGAUGAUUUCAGCUUGAUGAGCUCCAUCAUGGAGAAACUCAACAGGAGCGUCUGCGAGCGCAUCUCUGAACUCAACAGAGAGAUCAGCGUGAACAUCCACACAUGUGAAACUCCAGCCGUCGCCGACAUCGUGAUUCUGGUGGACGGAUCGCGGAGUAUCGGACGAUUGAACUUCAAAACUGUGAGGAGCUUUCUGGGAUUGUUUGUCAGGGCCUUCGCUGUUGGAUCAGAACAAACACGCAUUGGUUUGGUGCUGUACAGCAAGGAUUCAUGGACCUUGUGGCAUCUGAACACUCACAGCACUAAAGGGGCCCUGACUGAUGCCGUGAGGAAUCUGCCUUAUAAAGGAGAAAACACACGCACAGGUCUUGCUCUGACGUAUAUUCUGGAGAACAGCUUCAAAGCUGAAUCUGGAUCCAGGUCUGAUGUUCCUAAGAUUGUGAUUCUGAUCACGGAUGGGAAAUCUCAGGAUGAUGUUCUUCUUCCUGCUCAGAGACUCAGAGACGCUGGGAUUGAGCUCUUUGCUAUCGGAGUGAAGAACGCUGAUGAGAAUGAGCUGAGAGCCAUCGCCUCCCCACCGGAGGAAACACACGUGUAUAACGUGGAUGAUUUCAGCUUCAUGUUAGACAUCAUGGAGAAACUCAACAGGAGCAUCUGCGAGCGCAUCUCUGAACUCAACGACACCCGAUCUGAUGCUCCCAGUGACCUUAUGACCUCUGAGGUCACGGCCAGGAGAUUCUGUGUUACUCGUCCAGUGAAUCUCUAAGAGGCGCCGAGAGCACAAGUGACAAAAACAAUGACGAUGAUGAUGAUGGAGAGGAAGAUGAAGAUGCCGUCAGAAGGGCUUCUGUUUGCAGCGU